CCAUAAAGUUGAUGAUCGGUACACGGAAAAGAAAGUCCUUUAUCAGUUGCUCUUUCUUCGCUCCGACUUCGUUUCCGAUUCAUUGUUCUUCAUUACUAUAUCUUCUUCAAUCAUCCAAAUUUUUUCAUUCAUUCUUCUUCUUCUUAAUCUUCACGAUUCUAUUUCUCUUCCUUUAUUGAAAGGAUUUUUGUUAGGAAAAAAAAAGUUUCGGUGCGUAAUUGUCCCGCCAAUUGAAGCUUUGUUGUUUGUUGCCGCCGCGUUGAGAUCUGAUUUCUUUUGAUUCCUGCUACGAUGCUAAACAAGAGCUUCAAGCCUGCUAAAUGUAAGACAUCGCUGAAGUUAGCGGUUUCGCGGAUUAAGCUUUUGAGGAAUAAGAAAGAUGUUCAUAUUAAGCAGCUUAAGGGAGAUUUGGCUAAGUUGCUUGAGGCUGGACAAGACCAGACUGCUAGAAUUCGGGUCGAACACUUUGUUAGAGAAGAGAAAUCGAAGGAAGCUUAUGAACUCAUUGAAAUAUUUUGUGAGCUAAUUGUGGCGCGCAUGCCAAUGAUUGAGUCCCAAAAAAAUUGUCCCAUAGAUUUGAAGGAAGCAGUCUCGAGUGUUAUAUUUGCAUCACCCAGAUGUGCAGAUAUUCCAGAGCUCUUGGAUGUUCGUAAACACUUUAAAUCAAAGUAUGGAAAAGAAUUCGUCUCGGCUGCAGUGGAGCUGCGCCCAGAAUGUGGAGUGAAUCGCAUGUUAGUAGAAAAACUAUCUGCUAAAGCACCUGAUGGGCAGAGCAAACUUAAAAUCUUGACUGCAAUUGCUGAGGAGUAUAACAUCAAAUGGGACCCAAAGUCCUUUGGUGACAGCAUCAACCCUCCGGCUGAUUUGCUGAAUGGACCAAAUACUUUUGGGAAGGCUAGUCAAAUACAGAUGGAGUCUAUUGGUGGCCCAUCUUCAUUUGAUCGCAAAGAAUCUUCUAGAGAACACGUUCCAUUCAAAUCUGAUGAAAGGCCUCAUGUACCCGAAAGACCCCCUGAACACAGUUUGAGAUCAGAACAUCAGUCCCAACAAUCCAACUUUGCUCAUGUUAAUGCCAAUCAAAGCAACAUCACUGGCCAUCAUAAUUCAGAAACAUCUUUUGAGGGGAUGCAUAGGCACUCAAAUUCUGGUGAACAAAAUAAUUACUCUUCAGGUAGGCAGCAGUGGAGUAUGGAUUUUAAGGAUGCUACCUCUGCUGCAAAGGCAGCUGCUGAAUCUGCAGAACUAGCAAGUCUCGCUGCCCGAGCUGCUGCAGAACUUUCCAGUCGUGGAAACAUAUCCCAACCAUCCUCUUCAGAGUUUCAAAAAUCUUCGUCUUAUAAUGUAAGGGCAGAAGGACCUCAAGGAUACCCUAGUGUCCAUUUGCACGAUCAACAGCUUCCUAAAGACCAAGUCGUUGGUGCACCUCGUAAAAGUUCUACACCAGAUGAUAAUUGGAGAGAUAAUGAGACAAGAAGAUACAUGGGCGAUAAUUCCAAGAAUUCUAGUUAUCCAUCUUCAAGCGUUAGUAACAAUGAUGUCAACACAUCUGUGACCAAUUUCAAUGCAGCAGAAAGAUCCUCUUUCAAGAACUCAUCCGAACCUAGGUUUAGUGGUUCCCUUGGUAGUAGUGCAACUGUGGAGAAACAACCCAGAAAAUAUGAUGCCGACACGUCUGUACCCAGUUUCCAUGCUGCAGAUAGAUACUCUUUCAAGAAUUCAUUCGAACCUGGGGUCAGUGGCUCUCUUGAUAAUGAGGAUGAACAACCCAGAAGCUUUAAUUCCAACAUAUCUGCCACUAAUUUCAAUGAAUCAGAAACGUACUCGCUCAACAACCCGUCUGAAUCUGGGUAUAGCGACUCUCUAGGUAGAACCAGUAUGGAGAAACAACCCAGAGAUGUUGAUGUAGAAUAUGUUAAUGAUCAGCCAUUUAGUACGGGUUUUGACAGAACUAGUUCCUAUGGAGAUGUGAGGAUUGAAAAUGAUUCAAUUAAAGUGCCUUCCCAUGAGAAGUUGGGGAAUGAUGCCUAUGAGAACCCUUUUGCCAUGGAUAAACCAAAUGAGAGUGAAAGUAAUGUUGAUAUGAGUUUUAAUGACCAUGCCAGUGUGGUCUUUGAUGAUUAUGGUCCAGAUGAUGAUUAUAUUCCAGACUAUGAUUUCCGGAGGAGAGAAUCAAUUCCAGACCUUUCGUCACCUAAAGAGAAGGUGCUAAUAAAUUCAUCAUCAGAUGAUACUUGGAUCUUCAACCAGAACAAGAAUGAUUCUGCUGAGAAGGCUGUUUCACACUCGCAAAUUUCUGAUCAUACUUCACUUUUUGCUGAAACUAUUGGAAGUUUUGAUGAUCCUUCCCAUUCUGAUGAGUUGUUGCCGGCAACUUUUGACCAUUCAGACGGUUCUGAAAAUGAAGAAGAGUCAAAAGAAUCUGAGAUCAUUGCUAAAGAAAACUCUAGUGAGUUCUGCAAGAAGCAGGAUUUGUACUCUGAAAAAUCGGAAUGGACUCAUAACAUUAGUCAUGGAUUAUCUGGAUCUUUAGAUGAGGAGAAUAGUAGCAUGCCAUCUCAUCGCCUCUCUUCUGAGCUAAACUCUGUGCAUGAACUGAAGAACGACAGCCCACUGAGUUCUCCUGAUAUUGUAGAAGAAUCGACUUCAGAUGGCUGCAGUGGCUUGAAUUUCGGGAAACUGAAGGGUGGCCGAAGAAACCAAAAGAGUAAUAAUAAGCUUCCAUUUGCAAAAAAUUCAUCAAGAAAUGACUCAUCAUCUAAACAAGCAUACGAAAGCAAUGCCUCAAAAGCUGAGCAGUCUACCUUCAUUUCUUCUUCUGCAGCUAGGACUUCGUUUCGAUCUGCAGAGAUAUAUGAUACAAGUGUAGAAGAAAGACGAGGUCAAGAAAAGGAAUCACAAGCCAAGCUUAAUAGCUUUAAUUCCAAUCUUGAUGAUUCAAAGGAGAAGUUCUCGGAUUAUACUCUUAAAAGUGAUCAAGAGCCAUAUAGCAAGAACGUGGUUGAUGAAAUCUCAAAGAAGCCUGCCCCAACAGGAGUUGCAGUUAAGUAUCCUGGUUUCCACAAUGACGAUGAUUCUGACGAAGGUUUACCUGAACAAAAUAUGAAAAACAGUCCUCGUCGAGUUAUUGGACUUUCUAGACGGACCAAAGCGUCUCCUAGAAGUCCAAGUCCACAGCUAGAGAACUCACACAGGAAUCCCACGAGUCAUGAGGAGGAUAUAAUUGAGAGAAAAGCUUCAACGGGUUUCUAUGCAACUGCAUCGCCACUGAGGGCAAAAACUGGAACAAGAUACUCUGAUCGUUCAGAAAUUCCAGAGCAGCCUCAAUCAUCUAAACCUUUCAAGCAAACUUAUGAUACUAAGAGGUCUUUUGUUGAGGAAAGGUCUAGACCGUCUGCAGAGGAACAACAGUACAAUUAUCCACCAGAGAUAAAUAGACAAGGCAAUUUUGAGAGUUCAAAGUUUUCUUCUUCAAAGGAUACGACAGCGGCUCCAGUAAAGACUCGGGUUAAAUCAAGUAACUUAGAGCAGCCUCAAUCAAAGAAACCUUCCAAACCAAUUCCUGAAACUACAAAAUCUCUCCAUGAAGAAAGAUUUAAAUCUCCUACGAAGGACUUGCCAUCCACUCCUUCACCGAAAUUAGAAACACAAGGCAACUCCGAGAGUUCGAAAAAGGAGAAGACUAAGGCAGUUGAGAAAGCUAGUCAUGUUCACCCAAAGCUACCCGACUAUGACAACUUUGCAGCUCACUUCCUCGCUCUUCGACAGAAUAACAAGUAAAUCUAGUCCCUUGGCGUUGUUUUAUGUUACAGUUAUACAUACACAUAAAUAUAUUUUUUGAUUUAUUAAUUUAAUUCGUCCAUGUUAAUGAUA